AUGCCUUUCAUCCGCACGAAUACCGCUACUACUUCACAUCUGGUCAGUUGCGAUGGUGCCAGGACUACGCACUGGCAAACUCCUGGCUCCGGCAACAGCGUCUUGGAGAUUCAGACAUACCCAGAUUCUUCCAAAGUCACAAAGGCUCAACGUGCCCAGCUAGAAGAGUAUUUCACUGUCACACAAGGAACCUUUAUCUUCACGCUCAACGGCAAAGAGACCAAGAUUUCUGCGACGGAUCCCAACCCCAGGAUAUCAAUCACCCCUGGUGCACCUCACACCUUCACUCCAGAUCCAUCGCACAGAGGCCCUUGCGUUAUCGAGAUCUCGGCCGAGACAUCUCCCCUAUCGUCAGAAACCACAGCCACUGAUCUGGGCAUUAGCGAGCGAUUCUUCCGCAACCUCUACUCUUAUCUCGAAGAUUGCAGUCGGCAGAACACCUCUCCCAGUCUUCCUCAACUUUUGUUGUUCCUAGACUCGGCCGAAGUGAGUUUGGGUUGGAGUGUUGGACCGACAUGGUUGAUGCAGUAUUUGAGCUACGGACUCGGAGUUGUAGUCGGUCGCUGGAUUGGCGGAGGCCUGUUGGGCUACAAGGGCUCGUACCCAGAGUACUACAACCCUGCGCUCAACGAGACCAAGAAGGCAAAGUGA